AUGGUAAUGAAGAUGUCACAACUUCAUAAGACCCAGAAUGAUGGUGGUAAUUAUGAUACUAUUGCUUAUAAUGGUGCCUUUAGUCAGUUUCCAAUGUUUUAUGCAUUUGUUAUUACAGACGACUCUGACAAUGACUCUGAUUCUAAUGAUGGAGUUCUGGAUGAAAAUCCAAUUUUAGAAAUUAAAAGCUUAAAACAUUAUGGUGGUGCUAAUCGCGUCAGGAUGAUGCCUCAAAAAGAUUGCUAUAUAGCAGCAACUUGGGCUGAAACAGGAAAAGUACUCAUAUGGGAUUUAGCACCGGUUAUCAAUUCACUAGAUACUCCAGGUCGACAAAUUCCACAGAAAACACAGAAGCCGAUUUAUACUGUUGAAAGCCAUAGUACAGAAGGGUUUGCAAUGGAUUGGUCAGGGACAGUCGCUGGAAGGUUAAUAACUGGUGAUAUGCACACGAAUAUUUAUCUCACAACAAAAGCACAAUCCACAUUUACGGCUGACAGGAUUCCAUUUACGGGACACACAUCUUCCGUGGAAGACUUGCAAUGGUCGCCGGUAGAAAAGA